AUCAAAUUUCUAAAUAUUUGUAUAAAAAUAGAAAAAAAUAACAAAAAUUUUUGUGUGGUGAUUGUGGCUAGAAGAAUGGUUGAAUCUCAUUAUCGUAUCAAUUGAUUUGAUUUGCAAUAUAUCUACAUAUGUAAAAUAUUGAUAUAUAAAGUUAGUUAACAGAUUUCAUCAGGAGUGUAUUUUGUGGAUAAAUUCCUUGGUAAAAUUUGUCGUUAAUUGUCUAAGAUUCUAACAUUAGUUCGUGCAUCUGAAUACCUACAUAUGUACAUACUUAAGUUACCGUUGUGAUUGAUUGUGUGUCGAGUGCAAAAAUUUACCACUAGCAGUUUAAUAAGAAUAAGCUGAAUCAAAAAUAUUAGUGUUUUCAUACGUAACAUACACAAGUUGUAUAUUAAUCUUAAUGAACAACUGAAAAAAGGUGAUAUGUAUUCCAAAUAUAACGGAGAGAUUGAAAAAUAUCAACAUGACCAUCAACAUCGUAGUUUACAAGUGGCUGAGAAUGGGUUUUAUUAUGUUAUCAAUGGAAUAAAAAUAGCAAACUAUAGUUCAUUACCAGAAACAAUCGACCUAAAUAUUGAAGACGAUGAAAAUGUGAUAAAGAUGCCGAAACGAUUUCAACAAGAGUUUGAAGUAUUUAGAAAUCAUCAACCAGCAUAUGAUUACGAGAAUGAUGGUGGGUUAGAUGAUGGAUUUGAUUUGCUUCCGAAAUCUCCACUUUCGACAUACAGAACGCAUAAGCUUAGUUAUCAACAUCAUCCUGAUCAUUAUCAUCACAAAGCGAGUGAAUUUCAACAACACCAGAAACAAGAUCAUCAGUAUCGUCAAGUUCAUCAACGUGAGCAACGUCAUUAUCAUAACGAUCACAGUCAUCACUAUCAUUAUUCUAAAAAAAGUGCUUAUGAAGAUGUGUACAGUGACCAUGGUAUACCACCACCCAGUGUUCAUCAGAGUUCUGUUAAUAACAAUAAUAAUGAUAAUAAUUAUAAUAAAAAAUUCGACGAACGUUUUAUUGGAGAAAAACAUCAUCACCAAUCACUGCCAACAACAGAAUGUCUGCAACUGAAAUCUUCGGAUCAAUCCAGACCUAAUUUUAUGAGUGAACAACACUAUCAGCACUAUUACUCUUACUUCUAUAAUCAAAAUAGUCGUAGCUCUAAAUUAGCAAGUAGUUCGGGGCGAGGCAGAAAAUUACCAGUCACAUCAAAAAUGCCCUUUUCCAAGAAAAGUUCGCAUUCCACCGAAAGUCAAUUAAUAGCCAAAUAUGACUUGAUAUCUGUCGAAGCUAACAACUUGAUGGCGGACAAGAAUGACAACGAUACUGAGAACACUGCUCGAGCGAAUUACAAUUAUGUGCUGAGAGAAAAAACUGCAAACAAUAACGAAGUAGCUGCGUUUGAUAAUGGAAAUUGGCAUUAUGAUUCAAAUGAUGUGGCACAGGUAAAAAGUGCUGGCGGUGAUUAUUUAGAUCAUAAAUCAUUUGAAGCUCAUGAAUAUAAUUGCCAAAGCUUUAGUGAACAGGAUUCCAAAGCUGCCACGUUGUUCCUUCAACAACAGAAAAAUAAACGUAAAUUACAAACAAACAAUGCGGAGAAUGGUGGAAAUGUUGGUUAUAACAAUCAAAUACCAGUUGGCGAGAUGGGUAUUGUCGAGGGAAAUGUAAAUGCCUCGAAUAUUUAUGAAGCAACGAGGAGACAUCAGAAACAACAAACUUCAAGUGACAAAGAGGAGAUAUCUCAUAGACACAUAAAAUUGCCUGCGACUCCAACAAAAUCCAAAGUUUCGACACCUGUUAAAAAAUGUUCACCUCCACCAAAAAAUCGACGAGUUUUAAUUUACAAUAUUCAAAGUCCACGUCUAUCUCGUUUAUCAGCUUCUAAUAUUAGAUUGCAACGAUCUAAAUUUAAACUGCAUAACGAGACAAAGGACGAUAGUAAAACCCCAGAUGUUGAUGUGACAUCUUGUCAGAAGAAAAAUGGUGUUGUUGAUCAUGUACAAGUACUUAAUUCUAUGAGUCACAUUAAAGAAUUGAGAAAAAAACCCUGUGAUAGCAGUAAGCAGAUUGAUGGUAAUAAAAGUGAGGAUAAUUUGAAUGGAAACAAUAACAAUAAUAAUGAUGAUGCCAAGAGUGACGAUGACGACGAUGAGGAUUUUGAUAAUGUUUCAGAUUUCGGUAGCAGCAGUGAUUCAGAUAUUUCUUCAGAUUCCGAAGAAGGUUAUAGGACGUACGCUUAUAAAUUAACUCAUUCUCUGGAUGUGGUCUCUACAUCACCAUCGGUACAAUCUUCAAUUAAUUCAGAAUCUGAAAGUUUAGAUAACCCUGAUGCUCUUUUAGUGCCUAGUUUAUUUCCAAAUGUACCACCGUACUUAGCGUUUUCUUCAAAUACAAAAAGAGGUCCGGAGGUUCCUACCGAUCUCUAUCGUAUACUCAAAUGGAGAGUUACGAAUGUUAUGCCACGGGUUGUGCGCUCCAUUUUAGCGAAUAGUGGGAUGCGUUUACUAAAAAAAACAAAUGACUGGAUGGGUGUCUGGGGAAAGCAUAUGAAGUCGCCAUGUUUUAAAACAAUCCGACCAUACCAAAAAAUCAAUCACUUGCCAGGUUCCUUUAAAAUAGGCAGAAAGGAUUCAUGUUGGAAAAAUUUAGUUAAAUUAAUGGGGAAACAUGGAAAGAAAGAUUUUGGAUUCAUGCCCAAGACUUACAUUAUACCAAAUGAUCUAAAACAACUGCGUAAAAGUUGGCCAAAAUACGCUCAGAAAAAUGUUAAAUGGAUCAUAAAACCACCAGCAAGUGCUCGGGGUACUGGAAUACGCGUAGUCGAUAGAUGGGCACAAAUACCCAAACGAAAACCUCUUAUCGUCCAAAAGUACAUUGAACGUCCGUUGCUAAUAAAUGGAAGUAAAUUUGAUUUACGUUUAUAUGUCUUAGUUACCUCUAUUAAUCCAUUGCGCGUAUACAUGUAUCACAAUGGAUUAGCUCGAUUUGCAUCUGUUAAAUAUAGUGAUAAAUCAGAUACGUUAAAUGACCGUUGUAUGCAUUUAACCAAUUAUAGUAUAAAUAAAUUUUCAUCGAACUAUUCGAAGAAUGAAGAUGUGAAUGCCUGUCAUGGUCACAAAUGGACGAUAAAAUCGUUGUGGACAUAUUUAGGUAGUCGUGGUGUUCGUACCGAUCUGCUGUGGGCAGCUUUAAGAAGUUUAGUGCUGCGAACAAUUUUAGCUGGCGAAAAUUCAAUUAACAAUAUGAUUAGAGCAAAUGUCGAGUCAAAAUACAGUUGUUUUGAACUGUUUGGUUUUGAUGUUCUAUUGGAUGCAGAUUUAGUUCCUUGGUUAUUAGAAGUUAAUAUUUCACCAUCAUUGCAUUCCGAACUACCUUUAGAUUCACAUGUAAAGGCUCCACUUGUCCAGAGUGUUUUGAAUACAGCUUUAUAUAAUAUACCACCUAAAAUUCCUAUCGAGCGACAAAUGGAAAUCGCCAUGGAAAUGUCUUUACCGCCUGGACCCAUAUGCUACGAUAAACGUAUGUAUAUAAAUUAUUUAUCGCGAACCGAAAAAAUCAAGCAUAAUACAUUCACACGUAAAAGUAUGGAGGAUCGUGAUGAGUACGUUAAUGGCAUUUUGGAACAUCUGACGCCGGAUGAUGUGCGUUGCCUUAUAAUUGCUGAAGACGAAUUGGCACGGUGUUCGCCGUUGGAACGAAUAUUCCCUACAAUUGACACUCACAAAUAUUUAAAAUAUACCGAAGCUCCACGUUAUUACAAUCGCUUGCUAGACGCUUGGGAAUCACGUUAUGGCAAUAAUCGAACUGAAGGUAUUCAUCUGUUACGCCAAUACUGUGAAGAUAAAUAUCAUCUUCAAGUGCCUCAAAUACCAACUAAAAAGCCCCUAAACUAUAGGACUCGAGCGAUGAUGAAAAAUCGCCACACCCGAUCAGCUCUUACGAUAGCAUCGUCUAGCAUUAAAUGGAGAGCACUGAGGCGAAAAAUUCAAAAUGCCCACAUCAGCAGUAUGAUAUCAUCAAACAAUAAUAAAUCAAAUGGUCUGCACUUAGCACAAAUUAAUAGUGAAGAGGAGGAAGUGACGGAUGAAGAAUCUACAGACGAAUAUAUUGGACAUUGCAAUGUCAACAAACUAUUGUAAACAAGCUACGUAUGAGUGCUACCACUAUGUAAAUUAAUGUGUUCUAUAUUAAGACUGACCUGAAAAGAUCUUAAUAUAUUCCUUUAAAGUCGUCUUAUAAAUAUCUAAUAGAUGUUACUCUUUCCAUCAUGUACAAAUAGUUAUAAGAAAAGCUUUAUUUCCCUCCAAAAAUAUUAAGGUCUAUCAAAUGUGACAAUAUACUCAACUCACUCUAACUUACUAGGUAUUUGUAUAAAAACACAAAUAUUUCAUUCAAGUUGUAGAACUCCAUUCAUAUGUAUUUUAAUUCGGAUUACAACUGUUGUUGAUUUAGAAAUCGAUAUAAUUAAUAUGUACUGUAAAUUAGAAAAUAAAUAAAUUGUUUUAAUAAAAAUUUUAGUAAAAAAAAAACAAAUUGAUAUAAAAUUUAAAA